GUGCUUGCAUCUUGACAUGUGUUGAUCACCUGGGUUGCAGCAAAAGAAGAUUAACUUAGUAUGGGAUGGUGACUCCUAACAGGAAAGGCACCGAGCCACAGCUUUUGCCCCUCCUUCCUUUCUCUUUCCUCGGCUUCACCCGUCACUCUCCGUCCACCUUUCACCACCAUUCCUAUAAGAAAAUGAUUCUCUCCAUUUCAUAAGCACCCCUCAGGCGAAGCAAAGGAGUUCUCUAAUCUUUGGAUCGAGUGAGAAGGAAGAAGAGAGUGAUGGCAGGAGAAGCAGUCUCAGCCUCCUCAAUCCAGAAUCCGAGUUCCAAUCCUCCUCCUGUGAACAAGAAGAAGAGAAGCCUACCCGGAACGCCAGAUCCUGAAGCGGAAGUGAUCGCUUUGUCUCCGAAGACUCUCAUGGCCACCAACCGGUUCGUGUGCGAGAUAUGCGGCAAAGGUUUCCAGAGGGAUCAAAACCUGCAGCUCCACCGCCGCGGCCAUAACCUCCCGUGGAAGCUGAGGCAGAGGACGAGCAAGGAGCCUAGGAAGAGGGUGUACGUGUGCCCGGAGAAGACCUGCGUGCACCACCACCCAUCGAGGGCGCUCGGCGACCUCACCGGCAUCAAGAAGCACUUCUGUCGCAAGCAUGGCGAGAAGAAGUGGAAGUGCGACAAGUGCUCCAGGUGCUACGCGGUGCAGUCGGAUUGGAAAGCCCAUUCCAAGACCUGUGGCACCCGGGAAUACCGCUGCGAUUGUGGAACCAUCUUCUCCAGGAGGGACAGCUUCAUAACCCACAGGGCCUUCUGCGACGCCUUAGCGGAAGAGACGGCACGAGUUGCAGCCUCACACAUGAGCAGCAGCGUGACUUCCAUCCACAACGGCAACUUGAACUUUGCUGACGGAUUGAUGAGAUCAAACGUGGUGCAGAACUUCCCUUUCUUUCUGAAGCCUCCGGUGGUUGAGGGUGAAAUGGUUGAUGAGGCACGAUCUGGGCUCUCUCUCUUGAUGGGCCAAGCACCUCCUCUAGAGACCUUAACUAAAGCCGAUGAUCCCUUCGCAUCCCAGUUGAGCUGGAUCUAUCAAAACAAGCUGGUUCCUUGGGGCUCAGAUGAGCUAAUUAGCAGCAUCACACUUCCGAUGAGCGGCAUGAAGGAAACUGAAGACCCAUACUCCCUUCUCCUAAGUGCUCCAUAUCACUACAGCACCCAGCAUCACCACCACCUAGUGCCGCCGGCGCCGGACACGUCUGCAACUGCGUUAUUGCAGAGAGCCGAACAGAUUGGUGUAACAGCAUCCCGUCCAACAUCAGAGGCGAAGAGCCCUGACAGUAACAUCCGAAACCUCAACACGAACCGUUCAUACUCAGCUACUCAUCCAGGAAACGCCAUGGAGAACGCUGCUGAUCCACUCAGGAUGAUGUACUCCACGAGACAUCAUGCGGCGCAGAAGGACGAAGGACCCGAAGGAGAAACAAGAGACUUCUUAGGUGUUGAUGAACCAACCAUUCGUGCAUCAUCAUUGAGUGGGUGGAUACGAAUUCGAAAUUGACACAACUUAUCCUGUUCCCCACCGAAUCAUCAAUCGAGAACGAAAACGCAGUCGUGGAGGCAUCUAAAAGUUUCAUGAAAAUGUGAUUCGUUUGCAUAUUCUUGCAGCGAAGACUGGAAAGGAGGAGGGAGAGACUGAUGGGGUGGGCACCUUUUGAUCUCUGUGAUUGCUUUUUCUUCUGGUUUGCCUCCUCAAAGUAAAAGCAUUGAUGAGCAAUACUUUCUAUCUUCAAAACUGGGUGGCUACUAGUCGUCAUGCAGCUUUAGAAGACCUGUAGAAUAUGGUACUGAUUAGACGAGGAGUUCUUCGUGACAUGAUUUAAGCUUUCUCAAGAUGGACGAUGAAGUAAAGUAACAAAGUUCUUACAGAUGAUAGAGCACAGAUUAAGGUUAUUCUGAGGUGUAAAUGAUGUGUUUGUUCAUCAUGACAAUCUAAAAGAAGUGUAGCUCUUUUAUUCUGCUUUAGCAUUUUGACUAACAACAGGACUUUUUACCGUGCAUGCAUGACAUGUC